AUGUCGGACGAGGAGGAAGAGUCCCUCGACGACGAGGCGUGGCGGGAGUACCCGAUCUGGCUGCAGGCCGCUGUGAAGGACGAGAGCAAUGAGAAGACAGUGCGCAUCCUAGAUGCCGACCCCUGCGGAGACGCGCCGAAAAACAACCGCGUCCGGGUCAAGGUGAUCGAGAUGCCAGACACCCUGGAGCAUGCGGCCGGCAACGUCAGCCAGCGCCACAAAAUACAGCAGGACUCGGUAGUGCUCGUCACAGCCGACCCCGGCGUGCAGCCCUACAUUGGUCUCAUCACCAAGCUGUGGCUGGAUCGCGACGCGCCCUUUGAGACGCGCGACGGGGUCAAGUGGUACAGCCCACAGAACCUCUGGUUUGAGAUGUACUACUUUUAUCGCUUCACUGAGGCCCCGGCCGACCGCAAGGGGCGCCUCAUGGCGCGGCGGCAGUCCAUGGCCGGCGGCGUCAUUGGAGUCGCGUCCUCAGCGACGGGCAAGACGAAGCGCGUGGCAGACGACGGCAGCGAGCGCCAGGUGAUGUUCAGCAACCACGGCACGUGGCACGACAACGAGGGCAUCUGCGCAGAGUCCUUCCUCUACACCACACAGGUCCACUGGCUGGGCGAGACCGAGAAGUUCCCGGUGGAGUACUUUGAGGGGCGGGACGGCCUCCUGCGCCAGCGCCUGGCGCGCGGCUUCGUGUGCCGGUUCAUGAACUACAUCAAGACACACGUGUCCGAGGGGGGCGAGGUGUACGCGCUCGCAGAGGCGUGGCCGGACCCUGUCACCUUUGCAAUCGCCCGGAGGCUGCGCGCAGAGUAUCGGGAGCGCGCCAGGGAGCUGGCGGCCAAGAAUGACCGGCUGCUCGCAAAGCACAGGGCGGCGCGCGACAAGGAGCGCCAGAAAGCCGCCGCCGCCGCCACGGCGCCCCCGGCACCUCGGCCGCCGUCGCCGCAGCUGCCGGGGGCGCCGGCCGCGGCGGCGGGCGGCGGCGGCAAGGGCGGCGGCGGCACGGGGCGGGUCUCCGCGGGUGUUGGGGCAUAUGCGGACGACGUCGACGAUGGGAUGAACGAGGGGGCCGGCUGCUAG